AUGAAUGAAUGGCAAUAUAGCUCCAUAUCAGGAUGCCAUAUGGUUGAAGAGGAAUUUGAAGAUCGUGGCAUUCCUAUGCAUUCACUACCCAUGUCCCCCAAGAUGACUGAAGAUAGCAAACUUUAUAUGGAUGGAUUCAGGAGUUUAAAAGAAGGAGAGCCUGUGGAAUUCACCUUCAAAAAAUCUUCCAAAGGCCUGGAGUCAAUACGGGUAACAGGACCAGGAGGUACCCCUUGUUCAGGCAGUGAGAGACGGCCAAAAGGGAAGACUGUACAAAAGCGGAAGCCAAAGGGAGACCGAUGCUACAACUGUGGCGGCCUUGAUCAUCAUGCUAAGGAAUGUAAUCUACCUCCUCAGCCAAAAAAGUGCCAUUACUGCCAGAGCAUCAUGCACAUGGUAGCUAACUGCCCCCUCAAAACUGUUCCGACACAGCCCCUCAUUCCUCAGGGAAGAUAUGAAGCAGAUCCUCAACCUUCCACUUCUGCGUAUGCUGCUUUCCCUAGAGAAACAGGAGGGGCCCAAGGCUACCCAGCUUUGCCUCAUUAUCAGGAGGGAAAACCAGAGACGGAACACUCUGGCAAGUCACCGCAUGAGGCUUCUUCAAGCAAGCUGUCUGCAUCACCUGAAGAAUCGGGCAGGAAAGGGCCUUCCAUUCAGAAGCGGAAAAAAACAUAA